AUGAUCCCCUUAAACUCCGAUUUUCACAAGGAUCUGGGCUGGUGGCGUGAGUUUCUGCCGACAUGGAACGGCACCGCAUCCUUUUUACAGCCGGACUGGACGCGGUCAGAUGUGCUGCACCUGUACACGGACGCCUCAGCAACACAUGGCCUCGGCGCUUAUUGUCAGGGGGCGUGGUUUCAGCUCCACUGGCAACUGUGGAUAACUGAACUGCAGCCGUGCAUUGAGUAUCUUGAGAUGGUACCGAUACUGCUGAGCGUGAUCGUCUGGGGAAAGAAGCUGGCCGGCUUGAAAGUUGUCUUCCAUUGCGACAAUGCCGGCGCCACGCACGCUUGGGAAAACCUCAGAUCAACUAACCGCGGGGUGCUGGAUAUCAUGCGUCGCUUAGUUAAAGCCGCAGCAGUCGCGAACAUGACGUUAACGCUUAAGCAUAUUGCCGGAAUUAAUAAUGAAAUAGCUGAUGCGCUCUCUCGUUUCCAGCAAAGCCGCUUCCGACGACUAGCGCCACAGGCAGAGCUACAUCCGGUGGACUGUCCCGACAUCUUUCCGGAUCUCAGGGCAGCCCUCUGCCAUCCCCAGAGCUGA